CUGGUACGGUCAAACAAGGACUGGUCGAAUUUUGGGAGCUUUAUACUGAUGGUUCAUCAGUAUGUUGGGCAAUGUUGGCUGUUAUACACAGAUAUGUGCAUACGUAGGCGUAGGAGCCAGGCAUAUACGCAUACAGUCUUGUCAUUCGCUUCAUCUCCUCGAACAACAGGCUUGUAGUCUAAAUCAUAACCGUCACGCAUGUACAGUCACAUCCAACAUAUUACUCACAGACCGGCCGAGUGACUUACCACAUCGCAGGCCAACAAGGCGCUAUACAAGCCACAUGCCAGCUACUAAAAAUAUGAUAGAGUAUACCCCUCCCUCAUGGACUGACAGUGUUGAUAAAGGAUGCAUACCUACACAUAGAAUAAGAUUAUCAAUGCAACACACACCUGUGGAAGACUGGAGUCAACUGCCGGGUGUGCCCAAGGGUGUGCACGUGGGCAUUAAACGGGAUGACUUGACUGGUUCAGCGUUGGGCGGCAACAAGGUUCGGAAGUUAGAAUUCCUAAUUGCUGCUGCUCUACUACAGGGCUGUGAUAGCGUAAUCACUUGUGGGGCCGUUCAAAGCAAUCACGCGCGUGCGACCGCGCUAGCCGCGCGUUCUCAGGGAUUGGACUCACAUUUAUUUCUAAGAUCCAACGACCCCUCGAAUACCAAUAUCGGUCAUCAAGGAAAUGUUCUGUUGGACAAGCUUAUGGGCUCCACAUUUCAUUUGCUCGGUAGAGUGCCGUACAAAACCGGGUUACUGCCGCCAAUGAAGGCUUUCCAAGACUCAGAGGCGGUACAGGGCAGGAAAAGCUUUCUGAUUCCAGUAGGUGGAUCUGACAUUGUUGGAUGGUGGGGCUACGUGGAAUGUUUCCGAGAAUUACUUCAGCAGGGUGUGGACAAAGACUACACAGAUAUAGUUGUAACAACUGGGAGCGGAGGAACGGCAGCCGGCCUUGCGAUAUCAAACUAUUUGUGUGGGAGUCCCCUGAAAAUACACGCAGUUUGUGUGUGUGACAACGCGGAUUACUUCCACCGGCACAUCAACGAAACACUCAGGGAGUUAGGCUUGGGGGGGAAGAAGGACAGCCUGAGGUCACAGGAUAUCAUUGAUAUAAUCGAUGGAUACAAAGGCAAGGGAUAUGGGUUGAGCCAGCCGGAGGAAUUCAUGUUGAUUAGGGACGUUGCAAGGUCCACCGCGAUUCUACUAGACCCAGUAUACACUGCAAAGGGAGUGAGAGGGAUGAUCAGCGAAUUGCACGCCAAUCCCCAACGAUUCAAGGGCCAAAAUGUCUUGUUUUUACACACGGGAGGAAUUUUUGGGCUCUACGAUGGCACCAUCAACCCCUAUUUACAGGAUUCCACUGUAACCGUUGUUGCGUAAGGUGCUGCUUUUCGACCAUGCAUAGUACUAAUAGGUAGACCAAUAAAGAGAUUAAGC